GAUGUCGUUCCCAGUUCCCAAUUCUAAUUUUUAAAACAAAGUAUUAAUUGGAUUAGAAAUUAAGAAUUAAAAAAAAAAAAUGUUAUUUCAUUUCUAAAAAAAUAAUAAUUAUAAAAAAAGAUGCUUUUAUCUUGAAAUAAUAAUAAAACAAAAUAAAAUAGGAUAAAAAACCCAACCCAACCGGUUCGGUUCGGUACACCAUUUAUGUUUGGGUUUUUACACUUCCACCUUUUAGGGCCGAAGUCCAAACAUUCUCUUAUCCUUCAGCUGCGAAGCAAUAAGCGGAGCCGGAGAAACCUUAGGUUCGUUUCCUCAUCGACGAAUUGUUUAACCGCACUCUCUAUUUGCCUCUGGAAAUGUUUCUUUACCUUUGAGUUUCAAUCAAUCGAAGAGUUUUUGUUGUUUCUUUCUCGUGUUUAUGUAGCAUUCACUGGACGAAGUUAUUAAAUCUUAAGCAGAUUGCCGCUGUGGCUUGCAUUCUUCCAUGAAUUCUCUGUUCUUACAUUCUUCUCUUGUUCCAUCACUUACUUGCAAUCCUCGGUCGUUUCCUCUCAAGAGGCUGAGGCCUAUACAUAUAUGUGCCCCACGUGGUUCUCAUCAUAAUACUCGGAUAUUUGCUCCUUCCAUAUCGUUUCCAGCCUUACAUAUUAGUAACUCAGCUGCCCGUUCUUCAACUCCUUCUAAUGAAGGUGUAGUAUCUGUAGUCAAUUUUGAAGAUUUAGUUGAAAAGGACUUUUCGUUUCUCGAUUCAGAUGAUUUUAGUUCCGUAGAAGAGCAUGAUCGAAAAAUUAGACGAAUUAUUUCUGCUGGAGAGAUUGUAGAAAGUUCUCAGGUUAUGGUUUCCAUUUCUUCAGAAGGAUUUGUUGAUCAGUUGUUUCAAUUAGCUCCCUCCCGAAGUUUGCUUGUUGUUCAUGACUCUAUUCUAACGUUAGCUUGUAUUAAAGAAAAAUAUGACAAAGUUAAGUGUUGGCAAGGAGAAGUUAUAUAUGUACCAGAAAAAUGGGGACCUUUCGAUGCUGUAUUUCUCUAUUAUCUUCCGGCCAUGCCAUUCGAACUCGACGCAAUUUUUGGAGCACUUUCAGAACGUUGCGUGGCAGGUGCAAGACUAGUUAUUAGCCAUCCUGACGGAAGGAAAGCAUUAGAGCAAGAACGACAACAGUUCCCAGAUGUCGUAGUUUCGGAUUUACCUGAUAGGAUGACUUUGCAAAAGGCUGCUGCAGAUCACUCGUUUGACUUGACUGAAUUUAUAGAUGAGCAUGGCUUUUAUCUAGCAAUUUUAAAGUUCAAUAAGGACAGAAGUUAAGUCUCGAUAUUUCAUUAAAGUUUAGCAGUUCAUGUCUAAUUCUUGCUGCAAAACUUUGGUGAUUUGGAUAAACAAAAUUUUGUUGUUUUUAUCAUUUAUCAUUGGUACAAUACAUACUAUUUUAUGAAA